GAAGAAAAAAGGUCAGCCAAAGAGCUUCGAUAAUCCCUCUGUCCCGGUCAGGCGGUGGGGCGGUGGGCUGAAUGAACUAGGAUCGUUGGAGUGGAAUAGACGCGGAGGGCACACUGAAUUAGGAAAGCAUCGUAUGAUUCUCAUCUCAAAGGCUAGGCAGAUUCAAUCAUCUUCCACUUCCAGAAACCACCGACAAAACCGGCCGGUCCUCUUCUGUUGACUGUUGUGCGCUUGGUUCGUUCCACUUGACUUGAGCAAUGACCAGGAGGACUACCUGCUUGAUGCUCUUCUUGCCCCUCACUAUUCUCUCCUCGCUAAUCCUCCGCUUCAUCUUGGCCGUCGUCGGAUCCACCCUCGCUCUACCAACGACGCCGGAGAGUUGCCUUCACAUACCUCCGGGCCGUACAACCUUCAAAAUCGCCCUAUUCGCCGACCUCCAUUUCGGUGAGGACGCCUGGACAGGUUGGGGGCCUCAACAAGACCUCAACUCUCUCACUGUCAUGUCCACUGUACUCGACGAAGAGAAUCCAGAUUUUGUAAUUUAUCUAGGGGAUGUUAUCACGGCUAACAACAUACCUGUUGCAAACGCAAGCUUGUACUGGGAUGAAGCAAUCACUCCAGCAAGAGCUAGAGGCAUACCAUGGGCAAGUGUAUUUGGAAACCAUGAUGAUGCACCAUUUGAGUGGCCAAUGGAGUGGUUUUCAGCAGCUGGAAUUCCUGAAAUUAGUUGCCCUGCCGCAAAUAUGUCAUACUCAGGUGAACAUGAUUGUAGCUUCAGAGGCACACAGCGUUUAGAGCUGAUGAGAAAUGAAAUUGAGCAUCAUUCAUUGUCAUACUCUAAAAGUGGUCCAAAGGAGCUUUGGCCAAGCGUAUCAAAUUAUGUUAUUCAACUCUCAUCAUCAAAUGAGCCUGAAUCACCUGUGCUAUUUAUGUACUUUAUGGAUUCUGGCGGUGGUUCCUACCCGGAAGUUUUAUCAAGAGCACAAGCAGAAUGGUUCCAGCGCAAAUCCCAAGAGCUUAACCCUGAUUUGAGGGUGCCUGAGAUUUUCUUCUGGCAUAUACCAAGUAAAGCCUACAAGCAGGUAGCUCCAAGGUUUUUGCUAUUUUCAUCUUGUGUGGGUUCCAUUAACAAGGAGAAAGUUGCUGCUCAAGAAGCUGAAAUGGGCAUUAUGAAACUUCUUGAAGAAAGGCAUUCUGUCAAGGCAGUGUUCGUAGGUCACAACCAUGGAUUAGACUGGUGCUGCCCUUACAAGAACAAGCUAUGGUUGUGCUUUGCUAGGCAUACUGGAUAUGGUGGAUAUGGGAACUGGCCUAGAGGAGCUAGAAUUUUGGAAAUCACUCCACAGCCCUUCUCUCUCAAGUCUUGGGUAAGGAUGGAAGAUGGUCAGUCUCACAGUGAAGUCAUCUUGGGCUCUUAAAACUUUCCUUUUCUUCAUUUCAUUUUCUGGAAAUAGCCAAUAAGAAAAAAAUAAAUGAAAGUAGCAUAGAAAUGUAUGUUCCCAUGUUGUAACCGAUGUUUGGUGGCAACAUUGGGAACUUCAGAUUUGGAUGUUCCUGCUAGUUAUAUAUUUCAGCAUAGCAUAACUAAGAGAAGUUUGAUGUUGUCGUGGAAUUUUCGUGAAUACCAAAAUAAAGCUUUUUAGAUUACUA